UCUUCAUCAGCACUUGUAACGGGGAGCACAUUCGCUAUGCAACAGACACCUUUGCUGGGCUUUGCCAUCAGCUAACAAAUGCACUUGUGGAAAGAAAACAGGUAAGAAUGUUAUUUGAGUAUUUAUAGUUCUGUUUCGCACGCCUCUAACCUGCACAGUGCGCUGAGUGUAAGGGUUCCAGCCUGGUGUUGAGACCCUAAUGCUCGGAUGUACGUGGUCGCUGUGGAGAGCUCAGAGCAUCCACUGUGGGGCUCUGACCACAGAAGUGGUGCCUCAAGGGGGAGGCUGCUGCUUGUGUUUGGAACUGCCAUUCUAGCACCCUUGUGCUGUAAAAUGCCGCUUUUUUGUUUGUUAAACCUUUUAACUUGCAAUUAUGACAUAAUUUUAGCUUUACAAAAAAGUUGUUAGGUUAGUAUACUUAAUUGCCAUAAGUGCCCUUCACCCAGAGCCCCCAGCUGUUAGCGUCUCACACCCAGAGCCCCCAGCUGUUAGCGUCUCACACCCAGAGCCCCCAGCUGUUAGCGUCUCACACCCAGAGCCCCCAGCUGUUAGUGUCUUACCAUACUUGUUCAUUCUUUUCUCUUUUUCCUGAGCCCCGGAAAGAAAGUUGCAGAUGCGAUGCCUGAGUGCCUCAGCGAGUGUUUCUUAGAAAUUAGGACAAAUUAAGACGUUCUCUUGCAUGAGUGCAGCACGCUGACCAACAUGAGGAGAUGAGCACUGACCGACUCCUUUAGCAGAUCUGACCUGGUUCCGAUUUUACCAGUUGUUUCACUGAUAUCUUUUAUAACAGAAAAGUCUCAGAUCACGGGUUGAAUUACAUUGUUGUGUGUCUUUAGUUUCCUUUAAUCUGGUAAACUCUUUAUUUUUUGUGAUAUUGACACAAGUUGUAAUUUGUAAGUUUCUUUUUGAUUUGAAAUUCAACUUUAAGACUAGUGUAAAAGAGUCUGAAAACAAAGAACCAGUUGGUAUUUUGUGGGAGCACUACGUAAUUAUUGUUUGAGGGAGAUGGUUAAUCCCAAGUCUCUACUGAAAAAACAUGUUAAGCUCCUCAGCUAUUUUAUGGUCACACCUCCUCUCCAGAAGCUGACUGCACCUCGUGUGGUUCUUGGUCUUGUUAUUCAUGGUCAGGGCAGGAAAACGGUCCGUUUGUGCUUGGAACUGCCAUUCUGGCGCCCCUUGUGCUGUAAAAGGGGCUUGUGGUAUCACUCUCAACAGCAAUUUACCACCAGCCCCUGCGCGGAAUCGGCGUCCUUAAGCAGGCCAUUGACAAGAUGCAGAUGAACACAAACCAGUUGACCUCCGUCCAUGCUGACCUUUGCCAGCUGUGUCUGCUGGCGAAGUGCUUUAAGCCCGCCCUCCCGUACCUGGACGUGGACAUGGUGGACAUCUGCAAGGAGAACGGGGCCUACGAGGCCAAGCACUUCCUGUGCUACUACUACUACGGCGGGAUGGUCUACACCGGGCUGAAGAACUUCGAGCGGGCACUCUACUUCUACGAGCAGGCCAUCGCCACUCCUGCUAUGGCUGUCAGUCACAUCAUGCUGGAGGCAUAUAAAAAGUACAUUCUCGUUUCUUUGAUACUGCUUGGCAAAGUGCAGCAGCUGCCGAAAUACACGUCUCAAAUUGUGGGAAGAUUCAUUAAGCCUCUUAGCAACGCGUACCACGAGUUAGCGCAAGUUUAUUCCACCAACAACCCCUCGGAGCUCCGCACCCUGGUGACCAAGCACAGUGAGACCUUCACUCGCGACAACAACAUGGGGCUGGUGAAGCAGUGCCUGUCCUCGCUGUACAAGAAGAACAUCCAGAGGCUCACCAAGACCUUUUUAACGCUGUCAUUACAAGACAUGGCAAGUCGUGUGCAGUUAUCUGGACCUCAGGAGGCAGAAAAGUAUGUCUUGCACAUGAUAGAAGAUGGUGAAAUUUUUGCAAGUAUUAAUCAGAAGGAUGGGAUGGUCAGUUUCCAUGAUAACCCUGAAAAAUAUAAUAACCCCGCCAUGCUUCAUAACAUCGAUCAGGAGAUGCUGAGGUGCAUAGAGCUGGACGAACGGCUGAGGGCCAUGGACCAGGAGAUCACAGUGAACCCCCAGUUCGUGCAGAAGAGCAUGGGGUCACAGGAAGACGAUUCGGGAAACAAGCCAUCCAGUUAUUCCUGAAGCCAGUGCCCCUCCUGAGUUUCAAAGAAGCCUUCUCCGUGUACGGGGCAGGUGUCGGGAAGGCAGCAGGGAGGACCAGGCCCGUCUCACCUAGACACUAAGGCGGUGUGUUUUGUUUUGACGUCUUCGGUCCUGUGUGCUUUCAGAAAACCAUUCUCUCUGCAAAGAAAGGAAAACGUUUUCAAACUUUAAAGCCUGUUGUGGAUUUAUUUAUCCUCAGAUUAAUGUGGUUAUUGCAUUAAAUCUACCUUUUUGUUUUAAAUUA